AGGAGGCAUCCUGUGGAAAUCUCCGCCUGAGAACCAGAGCGCAGAACGCUCAAUACACCGGCGACAGAAACGAUUAUGUUCUGGGUGACCCGUGCAGCCCUUUUGUUAAGGACUUCGGGACACAAAGCCUCUGGAGAGCGGCGACCCUCGGCUGCGAGGAGGCCGGGCCUGGGGGCGGGGGCAGAGCGGGGCCCCAGCCUCGGGCGCGUCACGCGGCACCAAAGAGACAGCAGGAGGCGGCCGCGGGAGCGGAUCCGAGCUUGCCAGCCGCUGGCAAUUGCGGCUGCAGACCUGCCGCUCCCCGCCCCCCGCCUCCCCACCAGGCCCGCCUGCCCGCCCGCCUUUCUGUCUCCUCUCUCCCUCCGUACUGGACGGCCCGGGCCCAUUUCCGGCCUCGGAUAUUUGGUAUCGAUCUGGGCCGAGGGGCGCGGGAGCAGGUGGCAGUGGCCGGGCAGCUGGGCCGCCAGCCUGGCGUGCCGGAGCCGGUUUCCCGUCGCCCCUGCCGCCAGCCCUCCCCCGGCCACCCACUCCCUGCCCGGGGCGGUGCGCGCCGCCGGCCGGACUUUGCGCCGCCUCGGGCGCUGCUGCUGCGCGCGCGGGGCCGCGCUCGGUGCGGGCGGCGGCCGGGACCCCGGCCCAACAUGGCUGAAGUCAGCAUCGACCAGUCCAAGCUGCCGGGAGUCAAGGAAGUGUGCCGAGAUUUUGCUGUCCUAGAGGACCACACCCUGGCUCACAGCCUGCAGGAACAAGAGAUUGAGCAUCAUUUGGCAUCGAACAUUCAGCGGAACCGUUUGGUCCAGCAUGAUCUCCAGGUGGCUAAGCAGCUUCAAGAGGAAGAUCUGAAAGCCCAGGCUCAGCUCCAGAGGCACUACAAAGACCUUGAACAACAAGACUGUGAAAUUGCUCAGGAAAUUCAGGAGAAGCUGGCUAUUGAGGCAGAGAGACGACGCAUUCAGGAGAAGAAGGAUGAGGACAUAGCACGCCUUUUGCAAGAAAAGGAGUUACAGGAAGAGAAAAAGCGGAAGAAACACUUUCCAGAGUCCUCUGGGGCCAGUGCUUAUGGAGAUAGUUACUAUUAUGAAGAUGGAGACCUGCCACAGUCAAGGAGGGCAAGGGAAUUGGGUUCUGGAGUCUCAAGGUCUUAUAGACUCCAAAGUGAUGGAAGCACUGUGAAGCAGAGGAAGGAGAAAACCAAACAUCCAGUGGAGAACUUGGAAGAACUGGAAGAGCACUGGUCAUCAGAGAAGUCUCUGUCAUCCUCUAGUUUGGGCAAAGUGAGGGACAAUAGCAAAAUUAACACUGAACAGCAUGAAAGGAAACAGUCUGAUCAUGAGAAGCUCCGGAGACCUCCACUUCCCAAGAUCAGUGGUGAGGUGUUUCUGAGCACUGAAUUUGAUGACUGGGAGGCUAACAGUAGCCAUCGCACUCGGAAUUUGGAAAAACAGUCCAGACACCAAGACCGACUUUCACCCAAGUCCUCUCAGAAAGCAGGGCUUCACUGCAAGGAAGCUCUGUGUGGGAGGGACCAUGGGCAAGGUGAGCACAGAGAAAGGAAACACAGGCUCAGGACUCCGCCCUUCUCAGAGAGUGAGAAACGGCUCCAACUCCAUAGCACAGGAAUGAAGCCAAGGAUGAAGAAAGAAGCUGUUUCUACUUCAUCACAAGCGGCCCACAGGGAUCAGGAAUGGUAUGAUGCUGAAAUUGCUAGAAAACUGCAAGAAGAAGAAAUUUUGGCUACCCAGGUGGACAUGAGAGCAGCUCAAGUAGCCCAGGACGAGGAAAUUGCUAGACUUCUAAUGGCUGAAGAAAAGAAGGCUUACAAGAAAGCCAAGGAGCGGGAGAAAUCAUCUUUGGACAAAAGAAAGCAUGACCCUGAUUGGAAGCCAAAAACAAUUAAAUCGGCAUACUCAAAGUCAAAAGAGAGUGAUGAACCUCACCGUUUUAAGAAUGACAGGCCAGCACGGCCACCACCACCUGCCAUGGCAGAUGCUGAGGAUGUGGAUCACACUCAUUUUACAAACCAGCAUAAUUCCACACGUCAUUUCAAAAUCGAGUCCUCUCAUAAAGGUUUCCAUCAUAAGCAGUAAAAACCUAGGAAUCUGCCUUGAAAAUGGACUCACUGUAGCAAAUAUUACUUGAUGAUACAGAAUGCAUUCCAGGCUUAUUUUUUUCCUCCCAUGCUCAUAUUCCUGGGAUUUAUCCUCAAAUGUUUUUCUGACCAUAAAUAACUUUAAUGCAUUUGAAAUGUUUUCGUUAUUCCUGAUCACAUGGGCAGCACAGGAAAAUCUAGCGUCUUAAUAUUGGCCACCUCUUUGCUCUAUAUGCUUCCUGGGAUGUAGUGUCUAAGAGCUCUGUAAAAUGCCAUUUUUGUUAAGUAUGGAAUAUUGAUAUCUAGAGAUUAGGCUUUAUUUAGCAAUUAGAAUUUUUGUGGAGGUAAUGAUCAAAGUAAAACAUAAUGUUUGGUUGCAAUGCAAAAUAAAAACUGUAAGAAAUAGCUUUUUUUUCAUGCAUUAGUGUAUGCUAUAUUGAAAGAAAGAGCCUUUUGCAUUUUAUACUUUUCAAGAAAAGGAGAAAAAGUUACAAUCAUAGAGUAAUUUAAAAAAUACCUGAAAUAGUUUAAGUAUGUUACUCUGACCACAUCGAUUGAUAGAGUCAAGGGAAAUGGAAUUGGGAAGAUGUUUAUGUAAGUGAUGAUGAGAUUAUUCUCUCUGGCCAUAGAUUGAAGUUUUCCUCUUAGUUAAAAAAACUUAGCAAUAUUUGUUGGCAACCUCUCAAAAAUAUUUUGUGCAUCUGUCAAUAAUGAGAUUAACUCAACUUGAAGUUGAUGUAGUUCUUUAAGUAUCUGGUUCUGCAUGUUCAUCCAUGAUACAUGGCAUUGGAUUCCUUUGUACAAGGCCUUUAAACCCCUCUUCAAGAAAUCUGAAGUCUUUGUCUAUCUUCUGAACUCACGGAAGUGCUUUUCUCCCCAUACUGGUGAGUUCACAUGAACAGUAGUCAUGCAAUAUGUAUGUAAAUACCCCUUCAAUAUGACUUCCUAUUAUUUUUCAUUGUAUAGAUCUAAUAUUUUUGGCAUUCUAGUAUGGUGUUUGUUCAGGAAAGAAAUAUAUAGGUGACUAGAAAAAUGUAGUCAAUCUCUUCUUUUCCCACUGGGAAUUGCCUUCUGUUUGCUUUAUUUUUCCAGAUAUUUUUUAAAGCCAGACAAUAUUCAGGAAGCUAUUUAGAGUAGUUUCUCAGAGUGGAUUUGGAUCUUUAAUUUUGAGAAAUAUCUUUAGUUUCAUAAAGUUUAUGUGUUGUAGGGAUUUGGGUAAAAGGUAUAUAUGAGAGUUAAGUUUUGGGGGAAAUACUAAUCUAGAAAAAAAAAAACCCCUAAGAAACAGAGUCAUUUGGAGAAUUGGGAAAAGGGAAAAUAACAGGACUUUGGCCAUGAUGAAAUGAAUGAACAAAAUCAUCUAAAUAGGCAAGUGCAGGCAAAAUGGUGGUCCUGGCCUUAAAGUCAAAUUCCAGAGGUGGUUUCAAUGUGCUAACUGUUGGUCUUGUUGACUUAAUAGUAAUGCUAUAUUUUUCUUCGUCUGCCCUGUGAUUUUGCUGUAUGUUUAAAAAGUUUUUUAUGGUAGCUUUAAAUUAGAAAACACAGUGUAUUUUUAUUUGAUAGUUAGGCAGAUGGGCAACAUCAUUUGCCAUAUUUUUAUUUUAUAAAUGUUUAUUUUUCUAUCUCAUACAAUGAGCAAUUUUACUUUUAAAACUGCAUUUCUCUUGCCUUUCCUGUACCUUACCAAUCAUAUUUAUUACUGUAUAGUGCUAACGGGAGGUAUUUCAUUCAGAAACAUUCAGGCCACUUAACACUUAACCAGGAUGUCAGUAUUUCAGGUGUUUUAGGGAGUGACCAAAGGUGAUAGCUACCUUGUGACACCCAACUUUUGUUUUUUUUUUUUGGGGUUUUAAAAGAUCAAAAUCUAAAAAUAUUUUUAUUUUAUUUUUUGUAAAGCAAACACUUUUUAAAGAAUAUCAGAGAAAUUCUUACCCUGUAAGAAGAAAGAAAUCAAACUUAACUAGUUAAGUCCUCUUAUUUUCAUUCAAAUAAUGUAAUUAUUAUCUUUAAGACUAUAGAAGGACCCAUCAACUGUAUUUUAAGGAACUGCCAAACAUUCUUCACUGUGUUCUCUGCUUGUCUCUUUGUUACAUUUAUGUAAAUAUGGAAGCAUUUAUUUUCUUUCUGUUCCUACUGCUGGAGCACACACAGUUUUGUUUUUAGGCCCACAGUGUAUAAUGCUUUAAUGUUGUGAUAUAAACUAAUAUUUCUGGCCUUGGAAAAUCUUUCCAUUUCUAUACCCCUGUUCUCUGGAGGCCAGUAUUGCUUGAAAGAGCACAAUAUCUUACGGAAUCUUAUCAUAGGGUUACUGGACAUGUACACCUCCUGCCCUCACUGUGACCUUUUGUAAGUCAUUGCCUAGAGGCAAAGUUAGGUAAGGGUCAGAUCAAAUGUUUUGAGUUGAAAAAAUUUGACUCUAGUGUCAAACCAUUGUUAGACAUAAUUGGCAGACUGGACAGUUACCGCACAUGUUUUAAAAGAACAUUAGAUUUUUGGAAAGUGACUUUGCAGACUGUUGAUUACUAUUUCUCAAAAAAUUUCAUUGAAUUACUAAUUACGACAACCAACAACAGACUGAUGAACUAAAAAAAAAAGAACCGCAUGGGUUUUGAUCAUAGAGAAGCAUCUAAAUUAUAAAAGAAGAUAGGGAUAGAUGCUCCCAGGAAGAAAAUCUUUUCAGAAUGGCAUGCCCACUUAGCUCUAGAUCCACAUAGAUUCCAAAGUGUGUGGACUUGGGCCUCAUGUUCCACCAAAUUCACUAUAGAAAAUUAUGAACUAAACUAAUUUUCUCCUUUCCUUCUCAACUCUGGCAGCUGAGUAGAUAUAUUGCUGACUGCCCAUACUUUACCAUCAGUGUCAGGACUGUUCAGUAUAAAACUAAUUAACUUUUAACUGAUUAUUAUUUUUCUUUAGUGCCUGUCAAGUAUUCUUGAGAUUUUUGUCUUGUGCCAAAUUGUUGUUUUAAAACGCCUGCUAUAAUAUGGUGCAUUCUGUUUACCACAUAAGUGGUUAACAUUUUAGGGCCUUGAUUUUUCAAUGAGUGUGGCCUUUGUAUAAAAAUCACUUUGGGGAAUACCAACAUUGUUUAUUCAGUGAUACUUUUCUUGAAAGAUAACUGUGGUGUCUGACCAUAGGAUCUUCAGCUUAGUAAAAGAGUGAGAUCCCUGUGUACUCAGCUUUCUGAAGACCUGAGUAAAGAACAGAGCUUGCACUUAAGAGCUUUUUCCCCUUUUGGGAAAAUAGUACUUGAGUAGGAACAUUCAUGUGGGAAGGGAGCGCUGUUCAGAUAGAGCUCGCCGCACGGUGUGUGCUAUGCUCCCUUAAUGUCAGCUUUUAGGAACAGUCAAGAAAAGAAAAAUCAAAACCUGCCCUUUCAGCCAAAAAGAAAAAGCAGCUUUUUAGUCCAUCACUUUUGCUCACAGUCAGAGAAGUGACUAGAUAAAAGGGUCCCAUUUUCCCCUCACAUCUGGCGGUGCCUGUGAGCCCUAAAGCUGAAACUGUUUAUCUGACUGUUGAUGGAGCCCUUUUCCCUCCGUGGCCCACAGUAGGUCAUACGGGCGGGGAGAAGCAAACGGGAGACUGUCCUGAUCAUGCUGAGCGGGCAGAGUGUCAUCCAGAUUCCUGGCAGGAGAAUGCCGUUUAUCCCAGAUAAUAACGUGAGGUUAUUAAAGUGAAGAUUUGAGGCUGUUCUUGCUCCUACCAUUUAAUUACUGUUAGAAAUGGUGAACUUUAUCUCUAGAGAAGUCAAGGAGGAAGGGUAAACUGGAAAAAUCUCACUUCUCACCAAGUCACUUUUCCGAUGAGAUGCGUACUUCAUGCCAGCAAUGUCUGUGAGCAGUGGUAUUGCCUUAAAUGAGUUUAUUCCUACCAUGGUCAGAGUGCCAUACUUCCUUUAUGUGAAUGGCUGUCAGCUCUCCAUUGAGAUAUAAAAUGCACAGAUGAUCCACAAAUAUCCUUGCCACCAGAAGCUUUGGGCCUUUUCCCGCUGAACUGUAGGACCCAUUGUACACUGAGAGACGUAUCAUUUCAUUGUGUCUCUCAGUCUAUGAAUGAGCAGUGGCAUGACCAAAAAGGCUGGUGAAGGAGAGUGCGAAUAUCCUGGCCAGAUUUUGCAUGUGAUCGUUUCCUGGACAAUUGAGAGUUGACUGUCUUCCUUUUCUACAGUGACUGUGUAGAAGAUAUUUCCAAAGGUUCUAUAAGCAGUGAAGUUGCUCAUUAUUGUUUUGUAAGAACUCUACCAAACACUUGUUUCUUGAAGUACAUACCAUUAACAAACAAACAAGGAGAAAAACCAAACAAAAGACAUUUACUUGAAAUGGAGAUUUGUUGUUGUGAAGUAUCUAUUUCUAUUUUAUUACUUUUAAGAGAAAAGUAACCGGGAAAACUUUUGCUGUGGUAAGGAAGACACCAGAGUGUUUUUUUUUUUUUAGGUUGUAUUUGAUGCCACAAACUAACACAGUCAUCUCAGGUCAUCAUGUUGAUUUUAUGGAUAUAUAUGGUCCUAAAACCAUAUAUAUAUAUAUGUUUUAUAUUUGUGAACACUGCCUAGAAACAUGUUCCUAAUGGACUUAAUAGCCUUUUGUGUAUUCUCAGCAAACUAGAAAAUGUUUUUCUCUUUUCGAGUAGCUCUUCAUUACAUAGGGAGCCAGCACUGUGCUGGUUUCAGCAUUUCAGACAAGGAAAUAAUUAAUUGUGUAACUGACUGCUCAAUUAUUCAUUGCUGGAGUUCACAUAUAAAGAAUAGGAGAACUGAAAGACAGGGUUUGAGUGACAUUUUCUUCACUAAAAAGCAAGGAUUAAGAAUAGCAAAGGCAGUUUUGAGAAUAUACUAUUACACAUAAUGUAUUAGGAUGUUUUUGUUGCACUAAAUUUCAGACUUUAAUUACUAAAAUAGUUUCUAGCUGGUAAAUUUAGUGAGAAGGAUUUUGAUGUCAGAAUUUUUUUUUUCCUGAUUGAAUUAGCCUCUGACAUCCCUGGAGGCUGUAACUUCAUUUGCUAUAAACUGAAAGCCAAAUGCCCUUUCUCAGAAAAGCUAUAUUUUUCACCUGCCUCUUAAAGGCAACCCAAUAUUCAUUUCAUGAAAUGCUGUAAAUACCGAUGAGAUAUAGUGAGAAGAUAGCAAAAAAAAUGAUAUAAGAACUUUCUGAAAAAGAAUCUAUUCCAGCACAAUGCUGUAUUCUGAAAAGGUGCUGAAUUACAAAAUACAAGAGUUGCUCAGGAAAUUGGAGGUGGUAUUGCUGUGUAUCUUACCAUUUGGAAAUGUGCUCUCUUGGGAGAGAGACUGCACAGUGCCCAGGCAAGAAGCCCUUUGACAUCUGGAAUGUGGAUACGUUUAAAAAAUAAGUGAGAUGUCAUCCAAAAGUGCUCAUCAAUUUGUAGCCAAGCCCCAGAGGGAAAGGCAGCUUUGAAAUAGCGACUUCAUGGAAUUGAGCAGAACCUUAAUGGAAUACAGGUGCCUUUCUGAGGACAGAAAACAGGCCACCUCAAACCACAUGCCUAUCUAGAGAUUAAAUGAAACUGUGAGGGACACUGUGGAUGCCUUAAAGGUGACUGGUGUUGGGUACUGGUGGGUAUGGAUGCACCCCAUCUGGACUAGGCUGAUGGAAGCAGUCUAUUUCAGUUCACCUUCAAACAGCACAAGUUGUUCCUGCUCAUGACCUCACUGAGGCAAACGAGAAACGGUGCUGGGGACUUUUCUAUGUCUUGCAGGGGUGGAGGUGGUAACGUCAGUCAGGGCUCUCCAGUGCUCACGCCUCCCCUAAAUGCCAGUUAUACAUCUGCAUUAAUUCACCUAUGCAAACUUGUGUUUUAUGGUUUGUUUUUUAUACCUUAUGUACCAUUUGAUUCUUUUUAAACAUCAGGUUUAACAUUAAUAUUAUGAAUAAUUUUUAAGUCAAAGUAUUGUAUAUGUCUUUGUGCUUGUUUUCCUGGAUGGAUUGAGGCAAACGUCAGUCUUGUCCUUCUCUCUUAAUAAAGUCUUCAUUUGUUAAGGCAA